UUUUUUUUUUUUUUUUUUUUAUGUUUUUCACUCCUACUCUGGCUUCCGGACGCCAGUACAGACCGCUGCCGCCGAAUUUAAAGAGACAGGCGAUACUUAUUUAAAAUACAGUAAACGGCAACCAUUGUCACCUUAUUUCGAGACGCUUUCCCCCCCCCGUCUCGGCUUGUUUUAAUUCGAUGGCGAUGUUUAAUCAAAGUCGCAGCGAGUAACAGCUUGUUUGCCAUCAGCCUCCACUCUCGCUGGAUUUCUUUUUUUUUUUCCUCUCCCCCGCCGUCCUUCAGCGCUGCACGGACUCAGCAGGCUGGCUUCCCGGACUGAGAGGAAGGUUUGUCGGCUAGCCACCACCGAAGCUUCCUCCCUCAAGUUGCGGUUGUAGCGGCUUCGGAGCCUCCUGUCGCCGGAGGAUAAUGGCGAAGAUUCAGGCACACAGCGCCGCCAAGCAAAUAAACCAAAUUCAGGACAAGCCUUACGUUAUAACACAAAAGCAAGUGCAACAGCAGCACUUCCAGAAGCUGAAGGUUGAAGAUGCCUUGUCAUAUCUGGACCAAGUCAAAAUUCGUUUUGCGAAUGAUCCUGGUAUAUACAACAAGUUUCUUGACAUCAUGAAGGAGUUCAAGUCACAAAGUAUUGACACACCAGGGGUGAUAAAUCGUGUUUCACAACUUUUCCAUGGACACCCGGACCUCGUCUUGGGCUUCAAUGCCUUCUUACCACCUGGAUAUCGGAUAGAGGUGCCCAAGAAUGGAAUUGCUUUCCUUCAGUCUCCAUUCUCUGCCCAGGUAUCUCCAGGCCACCAGGGGAAGGGGGUUGUCACCGCUGCAGUGACUUCGACCUCAAGUACCUCUUCUGUUGCCCACAUAGACACAGGAUCUUCUCAGACCAGUGAGGUCAAGGCAUCCUCGGAGCCCUUAUCUUCUUCGACCACAGCAGGACCUCCAGAACCUCCCAACAGACUUUCUCUUCCCCUGACUAGCAGGGAAAGCCAAAAUCAGGCUACCACCUCAUCUAUAUCCCCACCAACCUCAGAGACCAGCCCUGUAGAGUUUGACAGUGCCAUCAGCUAUGUUAACAAGAUCAAAAAUCGAUUCUUGGACCACCCUGAGAUAUACAGAGCCUUCUUAGAGAUACUUCAUACAUAUCAGAAGGAGCAGCUGGAGGUGAAAGAGAGUCGAGGUAACCGAGGCGGUGGAGGGAUGACAGAAGAUGAGGUGUUUUCUAAGGUUGCCAGCCUUUUUAAGGGACAAGAAGACCUGCUGGCUGAAUUUGGCCAAUUUUUGCCUGAUGCUAAGAGGUCACUGUUCACAGGGAGUUCACUUACUGGGGGAAAAGACCAGCUGAAGAGGCCAGAGGAAGAAGACAUGAUAGCCAAACAGAGCAAAAAGAGGCCCAGACCCAUGUUACUACAGCACAUGUCCCCCAUUACUCAAGGUAAUAAAAAAAUGAAGUAUUCCUGUACCAAAGAUCAGUCAUUUGCUUCAGUUGGCAAACAUGGAGUGUUACGAGAAUUCUCUUUUUUUGAUAAGGUGCGCCGCCUCUUUAAAAGUCAGGAAGUGUAUGAGAACUUCCUGCGCUGUAUCGCCUUGUUUAACCAGGAAGUAGUUUCGGGGGUUGAGCUUCUGCAGCUGGUCACUCCUUUCCUGGGGAAAUUUCCUGAACUGUACACGCAGUUCAAAUCCUUUCUGGGGGACAAAGAGCUCUCUCAUGCUGUGUCGGGCCUUUCAGAUCGCUAUAUGGAAGGGGGAGGGGGCAGGGAGGUGGACUAUGCCUCCUGCAAACGCUUGGGGUCCAGCUACAGAGCAUUACCCAAGACUUACCAACAGCCCAAAUGUAGUGGACGCACAGCCCUGUGCAAAGAGGUGCUGAAUGAUACCUGGGUGUCAUUCCCCUCUUGGUCAGAGGACUCAACUUUUGUCAGCUCUAAGAAAACUCCUUAUGAGGAGCAGUUGCAUCGCUGUGAAGAUGAGAGGUUUGAGUUGGAUGUAGUUCUGGAGACAAACCUUGCUACCAUAAGGGUGUUGGAAAGUGUCCAGAAGAAGCUGUCUCGCCUUUCCCCUGAGGACCAGGAUCGAUUCAGAUUAGACGACUGCCUGGGCGGUACCUCUGAAGUCAUACAGCGGCGUGCUGUCUAUCGUAUCUAUGGAGACAAGGCUCCUGAGAUCAUCGAGGGGCUCAAGAGGAGUCCUGCUACUGCUGUGCCUGUGGUGCUCAAGAGGUUGAAAGCCAAGGAAGAGGAGUGGAGAGAGGCCCAGCAGGGUUUCAAUAAGAUAUGGAGGGAGCAGUACGAGAAGGCCUACCUGAAGUCCCUGGACCACCAAGGGGUCAACUUCAAACAGAAUGACAUGAAAGCUCUGCGUUCAAAGAGUCUUCUCAAUGAGAUCGAGAGUGUCUAUGAUGAGCGGCAGGAGCAGAGCACAGAAGAGGGUGGUGUCGGCCAGCAGGGACGCAGUGGCUCUGGAUCGGUCUCGUCCAGUGAGCCUCACAUGGAGUUUACAUAUGAGGACAAGCAGAUCCUGGAGGAUGCAGCCUCUCUCAUAAUUUAUCACGUCAAACGCCAGCCCACCAUCCACAAAGACGACAAGGACCAUAUCAAACGCAUUAUCCAACACUUUGUCCCCGAUUUGUUCUUCUCUCGUCGCGGCGAACUCAGUGAUACUGAAGAAUGGACAGAUGAGGAGGCUGACACUGAGGAAGGAGGUGAGAGAGGAGCAGGUGGAGUGACAUCAUCAGGAGACAGAGCAAAUGGUAACUCCAAUGGUAAUUCAGGAGCAGCAUCCUCAGGUAUUCAGUCUCAACCCCAGCCUGUGCAGUCACAGCCCCUACCCCAGGCCCAACCCCAGCAGCAACUGAACGGUGAGUCCAGAAGGAGGCGCUGCAGCCCUUCCCAACACGCAGACGCUGAAGCCUCAAACACCUCUAGUAGCACAAGCCAGCCUGCAGUGACUGCGGGAUCCACUGCUGGCUCUACACCUAUGGAGAUGGGUUCAGGUGGAACUGCAGAGAAGGUGGAUCUGCGUGAUCCAGAAGCAGAGCACCAGAAGGAGCUGGACGGCGUCUACAACCUUAUCUUUGUCAACAACAACUGGUAUUUCUUCUUGCGUCUCCAUCAGACUCUGUGUUUGCGGCUGCUGCGGGUUUACCGACAGGCAGAACGGCAGCUGCUGGAGCACAGAGCUGAGCAGAGCAGAGAGAGGCUGCUCAUGGCAGAAGGACGGAGGGAAAAAGCAUGUGACCUAGCCAUGGAGCUACGCCUCAAACAGCCCAGUGAGGUGGAAUUAGAGGAAUAUUACCCAGCCUUUCUAGAUAUGGUGCGAAGCUUGCUGGAUGGUAAUCUGGACUCCACGCAGUAUGAAGACACGCUGAGAGAGAUGUUCACCAUUCACGCCUACAUCGGCUUCACCAUUGACAAGGUCAUCCACAACAUCAUCCGUCAGCUGCAGCACCUUGUGAGUGAUGAGGUGUGUCUGCAGGUGGUUGAUCUUUACCUGGCUGAGAGGAAAAGAGGGGCAGCGGGGGGUAACCUCUCUUCACAGUGUGUUAGAGCAGCCUGGGAGACGAGCUACCAGUGGAAGGCUGAGAGAGUAAUGGCUGAAGAAAACUGUUUCAAGGUGAUGUUUAUUCAAAACAAGGGCAAUGUGACGAUGACAAUUGAACUUCUGGACACUGAGGAGGCCCAGGCUGAUGACCCAUUAGAUGUACAGUGUCUGUCCAGCUACAUGGAACAGUUUGUAGGAACAGAGGCCAGUCUGUGUUCUCAGGCAGAGGGUUACUUCUUCAAACCUGUGUUCCUGCCGAGGAAUCUGCGUCGGUUCCGUCGCUGGCAGGUGCGGCAGGUGGAGGCUAUGCGUUGCAGGAGAGAAUGGCACCGCCAACUUGGUGUAGAGAAUGCUGGGAGCUUGGACUGUCGCUUUAAACUCAACACUCAUAAAAUGGUGUUUGUCAUGAACUCUGAGGAUUACAUGUACCGCCGAGGAGCUCUGGUCAAGGCCAGAAAGUCUCAGCACAGAGUGGCAGUCAACCAGCAUGAGCACUUCGACAAGUGGCACCAGGGCUGGCUGACCAAUCAUGUGACAACCUCAGCUGAACGCACAGUGCAGAAAUGGCUCAUGGGUGAGGAAGAAGAGGACAUGAUCCCCUGCAAAACGACCUGCCUGUCGACCGAGGUGAAAGGUCAAACGGUCAACAGAUACCAAGUUCGUUACAGCGGUAGCAAAGCCCCCACCUCGCCUUAGAGGCCCCGCACACAGACACACACUCCCAGAAAAAUGCAUGACCGUGAGCAGUCACACACUAAAUACAACAAACCGCAGCAGGCCCACUUUCUCUAGCUUCCUCCACGACGUGUUCACUCGUUCACAUUCAGACGCUGGACUGAAGAGGGACCUGCUGAAAGUGCAGCCUCCCGCUGAUGUCAGUCCAGUGGAAGGCGAGUCUAUGAGCGACAUGGAGAGCGACGCUCGCACGUAGCAAAGUAAUCAACGCGACCAAAUCGGCCUCAACGGAUGUGACGUGUUCGACACAUCUGGCGGUGCACAAGUAACUCUCGCUCUUAACCUUCUCCGACAGCGCCUGCUGCUGGAAAUUGAUAAGACUGAUCGAGACAGUUUGUGAGGCGGGAAGUAAUGAUCGUGGAAUUUGAUUCCGAAAUGUGAAUGUCUGUUUUCUUUUUAAAAGUCCUGUGUAGUUUUUAGCUUCUUAAGCCAAAAAGCCUUCUGCUUGUUGGUUUUGUGUGUUUAUAUGGAGAGAUGCUGAUAAAUGUGUGUACGUGUGUGUAUAUCCUGCUCUCUUCAUUUUUGUCUUUGUAAUUGUGUUGCUGCUGUAAAUGCAUAUAUACACAAUACACAGCAGGGACCCUGUAUUUUAUUUAUGCAUUUACAUGAUUUGUUUUCAAUGGCUGAAGACCACAUGAUUCCUUUGUGUUUGCCGUCAUUCAACUUGUUUUUUUUUUUUCCUCCUUUCUGUAGCUAAACUAUCAACAAGGCAACAAGGAGUCCUUAAAAUGGAUUGGUUUAUUAUUGAUGAAGCAUUCAAAUUAUGUAUUAUAUUCAUGAUUUCACCAAAUGUUUACUUUUGUUUUUUGUUUUUUUGCAUACUGACGUUGAAAAUAAAAGCAAAAUAUCAGUGUUAAAAUAGAAUGUAUAACAUUUAUCCUGUAUCAGUUAUCAUAAAAUAAACAACCUAGUUGUGACAUUCUUAAA